AUCCCGACACCAGCACCUUUGCCUUAUUUUUCAGAUGUUCAUGAGAGCACAGUUUGACUAUGAUCCCAAAAAGGACCAUCUGAUCCCUUGCAAGGAGGCGGGACUGAAGUUUGUUACUGGGGACAUCAUCAAGAUAAUCAACAAAGAUGACAGUAACUGGUGGCAGGGGCGGGUGGAAGGUUCCUCCAAGGAGUCAGCAGGCUUGAUCCCUUCUCCUGAGCUGCAGGAAUGGCGAGUGGCUAGUGUGGCUCAGUCUGCUCCAAGUGAAGCCCCCAGCUGCAGUCCGUUUGGGAAGAAGAAGAAAUACAAAGACAAGUAUCUGGCUAAGCACAGCUCAAUUUUUGACCAGUUGGAUGUUGUUUCCUAUGAGGAAGUUGUUCGGCUCCCUGCAUUCAAGAGGAAGACCCUGGUGCUGAUCGGAGCCAGUGGGGUGGGUCGCAGCCACAUUAAGAAUGCCCUACUCAGCCAGGACCCGGACAAGUUCGCAUACCCUGCCCCAUAUACAACACGGCCACCCAAGAAGAGUGAGGAAGACGGGAAGGAGUACCACUUCAUCUCCACCGAAGAGAUGACCAGGAACAUCUCUGCCAAUGAAUUCCUGGAGUUUGGCAGCUACCAGGGCAAUAUGUUUGGCACCAAAUUUGAAACCGUGCACCAGAUUCAUGAGCAGGACAAGAUUGCCAUCCUUGACAUUGAGCCCCAGACCCUGAAGAUUGUCCGCACGGCCGAACUGUCACCUUUCAUUGUGUUCAUCGCACCUACUGACCAGGGCGCUCAGACGGAAGCCCUGCAGCAGCUGCAAAAGGACUCCGAAGCCAUCCGCAGCCAGUACGCACACUACUUUGACCUCUCACUGGUCAAUAAUGGCAUUGACGAAACCCUUAAGAAACUGCAAGAAGCCUUUGACCAGGCAUGCAGUUCUCCACAGUGGGUGCCUGUCUCCUGGGUUUACUAAGCUUGCAGAAAAGGGGCAGCUACUCUACGCCUUUCUCUAGCAGUUUGAAUUCCAUUCUCCUUGCUUUAAGACAAACAGGGACACUCCACCUAGUUUGUCAGCUUCCAGUGCUCUGCAUCUAUCCUAAUUAGGCCAGUGGGUGUCAGUCUUGUUCAAGUUCCUUGGCUGGGCUCCGAUUUUCCUGAUAGAUGGAGCCCCACUGAUCAGGGUUUCAGAAGGAUCUCUGGAAAUCUGAGGCCCAAAGUACUAUCAAAAUGCAACUGCUAAUCAAAGAUGGUGCACACAGAGAGGAAAAGGCAAUGGCCCUUGUUCUUUAAAGCCCAUGCUCCUUCACCUUUAAUUACACUGGGCAUCUCAUGUGUCUUUGAAGCUAUUUGUAACCUCAACUUUCUAAAAUGCCAAAAUGAAGCGGCUGUGCAAUAGAAUGUCUGCUCUAGGGAGACCCUCAAAAGCAAUAAAAACGUUGCUGUGUUGAAAUGCCAA